GGCCAUUUUGUUUUUCACUGCUCGCCAAGGGUACGAGCUGCCCGCCGGCGGUCGCGUCGCGCUCGCUCGUCACCAUGCUGCCUGUGGCCGGGGCCGCCCUGAACCUUACUGCUCGUGGCAUUCUGCACACUGCAGUAAGACAAGCUCAUCGCAAAUAUGAACCUAACUUCCACGAUAAAUAUGGCAACAUGGUACUCAUCGGUGGAGCUGUAGUUUUCACUGCUGUUUGGGGAUAUGUGUUAACACAUGCUGGAAUUGAAUGGGGCUUGUCACCUGUUGGCAGAGUCACUCCAAAGGAAUGGAAAGAGUAAUAAUCAACAUAUUAUGAACUGGUCUGAACUUUCACUGAAGACAGUGCUCAUGCCAUUAAUGUAGUGGCGUUUGUUUCCUGAUUACCACUUGUAUUGUGGCAUUCCUUGCUGUAAUAAACAUACCUGGAAACUUG